AUGUCAAUCUCGAAGUUGGUCUUCCCUGAAGACGACGGCGCCGAACCGAGCGCAUUGCGACACCUUCACCUCGCUGGUUCUGAUUCGAAUGAUUAUCCCUCCUAUGACUCGGCUUCAGAGUUCCAAACUGCCUUACGCCAGGUCUUCCUCGACUGGAAGUCGGCCCCAAACUCCCGCGCGCCGUCACCACUCGUUGUAUCUUUCACUCCGGCACCAACGUAUACCCUCGGCCGUCGCCAAAAAACUUUACUUCCCGAGCAGCUAGAUCGACUCCAACAGCCUUUAACUGUCAUCGACGAGACGAGGGCUGAGGCAGGGGAACAAAACGGUGGAACAGAUUCACAAGAUCGGCAGUUCACGCCCAAAGUCAUUGAGACAGAUCGUGGCGGACUGACAACCUAUCACGGACCAGGGCAGGUCGUCCUAUGGCCGAUAUUGGACUUGCACAGCACAUACUAUCCCCACAUGACCGUUCGAUCCUACGCGCGACUCAUAGAGGAGACAACACAAGCGAUCCUCGCCGAUGGACCGCGGAUCCAGACUUAUCUCUCCGAGGACGACCCAGGGGUAUGGGCCGAGGCCGCAAGGCAGCGGACAGGAGGACAGGAGCGCAAGAUUGCCGCCAUGGGCGUUCAUCUCCGCCGUCAUAUCUCGGGGCUCGGCACGGCGCUGAACGUGGAUGUUGUCGUUGAUGGUGACGAGACAUUGAAUCCUUGGGCGAGGUUUGUGCCGUGCGGACUCGAAGGUAAAACCGCCACCAGUGUAAGAGCCGAACUGGGCGAGGCUUCCUGGAGGCGAUUGAGUCUUGCUGGCGAUGGAAAGGCGAAGAGAGAAUGGUAUGCGCGCCGGUGGGCCGAGGAGUUUGCAAAGCGCCUAGGAGUCGGCAUUGCGCCGGUGACAGUGCAUCGUCGACUUGGAUGA